GAGUUUGGGGGUGCAGAGACCCCUCCCCAGGGUGGGGCACGCAGAUAUCCAGAGGGGUCCCAAACCCACCCCUCCUUUAGAACCGCCUCGGGGUCCCGCCCACGCCCCCCACCCCAAAACUGUGGGGUCGGGGGGAGGCGGCGGAAGCCCCCGCGGGGUGGGCGAGCCUGGGGGGUCUCCCCGAGCAGCGGGGCGGGACCCCCGGCGGGGGGAGCGGCGCUGCGCCGUCCCCUUUAAGGCCCCGCGGCGCCCGUGGGCGCAGCCGCUCACCUGGGCAGGUGACGGAGGUGACGGUGCCGCGCCAUGGCCGCCUCCUCCCUCUUCAUCCUGGACCUCAAGGGGAAGCCGCUGAUCAGCCGCAACUACAAGGGGGACGUGGGGCCGGGGGAGAUCGAGAACUUCAUGGGGGUCCUGCUGCAGCGGGAGGAGGAGGGGACCCUGACGCCCGUCCUGAGCCACGGCCACGUCCACUUCCUGUGGAUCAAACACGCCAACCUCUACCUGGUGGCCACCACCAAGAAGAACGGCAAUGCCUCCCUGGUCUUCUCCUUCCUCUACAAGGUGGUGGAGGUGUUCUGCGAGUACUUCAAGGAGCUGGAGGAGGAAAGUGUCCGCGACAACUUCGUCAUCGUCUACGAGCUGCUGGACGAGCUGAUGGACUUUGGGUUCCCGCAGACCACGGACAGCAAAAUCCUGCAGGAGUACAUCACGCAGGAGGGGAACAGGCUGGAGCGGGGCGGGGGGCGCGUGCCCAGCACGGUCACCAACGCCGUGUCCUGGCGCUCCGAGGGCAUCCGCUACAAGAAGAACGAGGUCUUCAUCGACGUGGUGGAGGCCGUCAACCUGCUGGUGAGCGCCAGCGGCAGCGUGGUGCUGAGCGAGGUGCUGGGCACCAUCAGGCUGAAGGUUUUCCUGUCGGGGAUGCCGGAGCUGCGCCUCGGCCUCAACGACCGCGUCCUCUUCGAGCUGACGGGCCGGGGGAAGAACAAGUCGGUGGAGCUGGAGGACGUGAAGUUCCACCAGUGUGUCCGUCUGUCCCGCUUCGACAACGACCGCACCAUCGCCUUCAUCCCCCCCGACGGCGACUUCGAGCUCAUGUCCUACCGCCUGCACACCCAGGUGAAGCCGCUGAUCCUGAUCGAGUCCAUCAUCGAGAAGUUCUCCCACAGCCGCCUGGAGAUCCUGGUCAAGGCCAAGGGCCAGUUCAAGAAGCAGUCGGUGGCCAACGCGGUGGAGAUCGCGGUGCCGGUGCCGAGCGACGCCGACUCCCCGAAGGUGAAAACCACGGCGGGGUCGGCGCGGUACGUGCCCGAGAGGAACGUGCUGCUCUGGAGCAUCAAAUCCCUCCCGGGGGGGAAGGAGCACCUGAUGCGCGCCCACUUCGGGCUGCCCAGCGUGGAGAAGGAGGAGGAGGAGGGGCGGCCGCCCAUCGCCGUCCGCUUCGAGAUCCCCUAUUUCACCGUCUCGGGCAUCCAGGUGCGGUACAUGAAGAUCAUCGAGAAAAGCGGAUACCAGGCGCUGCCCUGGGUGCGCUACAUCACCCAGAGCGGGGAUUACCAGAUCCGCACCAGCUGAGGGGGUCUCCCAUGGAACCCCCGACCCCCACGGACCCCCACGGACCCCCACGGACCCCCCCCCCAUAUGGAGUUCCCC